GACUUGACGUUGCUCCAGACCAGAAGCAGCAGAACACGGUGGAUCGACGCAGUUGACCGUCUCUCAGACAGUUCCUAUAUGUUUCUGGAGUGAACAUCCCGGCCGUGUCUAGUUCAGGAGCUGACACCAGCUUCAUGGCAUCUGGAGGCCCCGUGAUGAACGGCGACAUCUCUCGCUCUCCCGGUCAGUCCGGCACACUGGAGGAAACCCUGCAGCAGAUGAACAUCCUCAUCCAGGAGAACCGAGACCUGAAGGAGGCCCUGCGUCAGACCAACCUGACGAUGAAGGAGCGUUUCGAGGGCCUGACUGCGUGGCGGGAGAAGCAGCGGGAGGAGCGGGACUUCCUGGAGGGCAGGCUGGAGGAGGCUCGGAGCCGCAUGGAGGCGCUGACCCUCCAAAACCAGGAGAUGAGCAGGAGAUUGGGGGAGGAGGCGAAGACAGGGGGAGCACUGGGAGGCUUGCCGGCAGUGUCAUCCAAUCAGAGUGCAGAGCUGGACGCCUUGCGUGCCCAGGUUGCUCGCCUGCAGGCAGAAAAGAAUGACCUGGUGGCCAUGAACUCUGAGCUGCAGCUGAAGGCCGACCAAGACUCCCACAGCGACUCCUUCAUCGAGAUCAUCAGGGUCACGGACGGAGGCGUCGACGGCGUGAACGACGUGUGCGGUCUGGAGCGCAGCAGACGUCCGGACCUGAGCAUGACGGCUUCCCGGCUGGACAGCGAGGAGGUGACGGUCAGUCAGCUCCUCCAGUCGCUGAGGAACGAGACGCAGCGGGCCGAGCAGCUCCGGGCCGAGAUGCAGUCCUCUGCUGCCAGAAUAAGAGAGCUGGAGGAAAGGAAGAGCAAUGUGGACAAAUCAACACAGACCAUCCAAGCAGAGACUACAGAGACCAAGGAGGAUUCUGGGAAAGAGGAAAAGGCAGUGUCUGAGGUGGAGAAUCUGAAGUCUCACAUGAUGACGCUGUUCAAAGAAUUGCAGCAGGCGCAGAGCAAGCUGGAUGAAGCAGAAGGCAUGAAGAAGAACCUGCAGGACAGAUGUCGGGAGGUGGAGCAGGACGUGGCCACUCUGAAGGCCCAGCUGGUGGAGAAACAGGCUGUUCAGUCGCAGAAUGAACGGCUGAAGCUGCAGCUGGACAGCAUGCAGGCCCAGAGCCAGAUGGAGCAGAGAAAGGCUGGGGAGGAGAGGAACACCCUGGCCCAGCUGAAGGAUGCCUACACUAAACUGUUUGAAGACUACAACGAACUCAAAGAGGAGAAGAAGAAGAGAGAGUCUCAGCUGGUGCAGAAGGAGGUGGUGGACCAGCUGCAGGAACGGCUGACAGCUGCUGAAGAGGCCCUGGCUGCUAAACAGGACAAGAUUGAUCAAAUGAAGCAGGAGAUCUUCCACAAGGAGAAGGAGCUGGAGACCAUAUCUGUCUUCCAGGCUCAGGCGGAGGUCUACUCCUCAGACUUCUACGCGGAGCGAGCAGCGAGGGAGAAACUGCAUGAGGAGAGGGAGCGUCUGGCCGCUCAGCUGGAGUAUGUGAAGAAGCAGAACACUCACCUGCAGGAGGAGAUGGACUCACUGGGCCGGCGGUCACUGAAUGAGAUGCAGAGAAGACAUGUGCCACUGGGAGGGAAUCCACUCGGAGCCGGCGCUGCUCUGGUUGGAAGGGGGACUGACUGGCAACAUCAGGGGAAUAUUCCCGAACACGCCUGUCCCAAGUGCAACGAGAUCCUGCCAGACCUGGACUCCCUGCAGAUCCACAUCAUGGACUGCAUCAACUAGACCUCCAUCAGUACAAGCAUCCACAACAACAGUGACUCCAUUCACACCUUAAUCUGAGUCUUCCUCUGCUUUUACCUGAAGCUCUUCUGACAUCCCCGAGAUGACACUACCCAUAGUUCCAUGAUAAACUCAGUCAAAUUCAUUCUGGGAUGGGAACACUUUGCUUUUAGUAGAAUUUAAGUAGGAUUUCAAAUGUGAAAACUGUUGGUCUUCUCCAGUUUGUUAAAUCUGAAAAAUCCUGUGAUUUGGAAUGAAACAGGAAAAAUAUUGUAGAACACAUCUUGCAUUUUUUGGGCCCAUGUCAACUGGCACAUAGUCUGUUUGUUGUAAUGAAGAACUGAAGGUAUGUUUCUUUGGGGCAAAACGAGUAUGGAAUAUCAAAACUGCACACACUAAGUUCAGCUGUUCCAAGUUGCAAUUGUUUACAAAAUAUUUGAUCACUGAAGGCUUUUUUAAUUUUUUAAGGUCUCCUUGUCAAAACAAAUGGAAUUCUAUAUUUUCUGCUUUGAGAGAAUAUUUUUGCUCAUUACUGGUUUGUUGGUGGAAAAAGGAGCAUGCACCAUGUAGGCACUUUAUUAUAAGGAUAUAUGUAUAUUUUAUUUUGACACUGCAGAUGACACAUGGUAAUUAGAACUUAAUAUAUAUUUAACUUGUUAAUCAGCCUUUUUAAGUGUAUGUGCAGAGGGCUGCCACACCCUUCUGAUUCUGUAGUCUGUAGGUUAUAAAGGACUCCUGAUUCCAAGAUGUAAUUCUGUGAAUGGAAAUAAAAUCACUUGAAAAUUU